AUGAGCACCAGUUCAUCAUCGACCUCAAUGAAUGGGCAUGGCCAUCCGAAUGGGAUAACAUAUGGACAGCCUGCGCCGUCGCCAGACUCGUUCGACGACUCGAACCGCUCAGCCACGAGCUCUGCAUAUCCAGCGAAUGGGUAUUCCCACUCGUACCAAAAUCACAAUGAGGACAUCGUCAAUCAUCUCUAUAAUGCUGGUUUCCAGACGGGAAACUAUGCCGACACCAUCCUCCAAGUACAACAAAAUAGUUAUCGUUUACAUGCUAUUAUAUUGUCGCGGUCCCCUUUUUUGGCUCACUUGAUGUCAACAUCACCACAAGGUGGGGGUCAAAGGGUAAUAUUUGUACCUCUCGAACAGGAACCAGAGGUUACCCAAGAGGGCUUUGCGAUAGCUCUGGGCUAUCUCUACUCUUCCGUUUCGCUAAGUUUGAUUAGGCCGGAUAAUGCGCGCGCGGUCCUCGCUGCAGGUUGUCUCCUGGGCGGUACGGACGACCUUUGCCAGUUUGCAUAUGAGACAUGCAGACGAGCUAUAAACGUCAGUACCAUUGGGUCGUGGCUCGAAUUUGUUGAUACACUUCCUCCGUCUUCACCCGACGGAUCAUCAACGCCUGAUAUUCCACCAGUCACCGUGUUUGGUCACUUUGCCCAACGAAUCCGAGAUGAUGUCUUCCACUUCUUGGUUGUAACACUUCCCGAGGUUCUAGAGGUACAAACGACUCCAGACUCCGUACCGCCUACUCCAUCAGGCUCUGGACCCAGUGGGCGUGAGGUGUUGUUACAGGUAUUUUCUCGCGUCCCCUUCGAGAUGUUCAAGGCAGCCGUUGAAUCACCUACUUUCAAUAUCGGGUCCGACCAAGCACGUUUCAAAUUUGCAAAGGAGGCUGUUGAGAUGAGGAAACGGGGGAUCGCGCGCGGUCCUGGGACUGAGGAAACCGUCGUUCUUGCUUUCGGCGGCGGCAGCUUUGGAGGGAGCGCUGUACAUGUGACCAGGAAAUUGAAGAAGCGACCAUUAUGGAAAGUGAAUUCCUAG